AUGUCGCAAGACUUUGAAGCCGCUCGUCUGACCCUGAGAUAUCAAUCUAACACCAUCAUCUCAGUCUCUGAACGGUCCACCCAUUUCUCCAUACAGGAACACCUUUCGAUCCGUCCACCCUCUACUGUAACAAAUACAACCACGACCACGACCGCCAACAUGUCCAUCCCAAUCCACACCAUCACCACCUUCCGCACAACUUUCAACCCCUUCAGCCACGCCUCUCGACCUUGCCGCCUUGUUCUCUCCCUCCUCCGUACCCCCGCCUCGGCCUCUCCCGCGAGCCCAACACACAUUGACAUCAAGGUCAAGCAAUUGCCGCGGAACUCGACAGAGCAGCCGUCCAUGACGGUCGGCUUCAAGGGUGGAAAGGAGGUCACGCUCGAGGUGGGCAAACGAGGAAUGAAGAUUGGAGAUGUGGUGGAGGAGAUCUCUCGGAUUGGCAGGGCAUUGGAGCGUGAGGCUAGUCUGAAGGGUUAA